AUGAAAAACGUCUUCGAGAUCACGAUUAGAGAAAUCGACGAUGUUUCAAGUGAUAAACUUCAUUUGGAUAUAUGGGAUCAUGAUGAAGAAACAAGUGUAUUGGAAGCAGUCCGAAGUUUAAAUGAGAUCCGUGGUGUAAAACAAUUAGGUCGUUAUUUUAAACAAGUUAGUCAAUCUGCACGUAAAAAUCAAAGUGGUGAUAUGGACGAUUUUCUGGGUUGCAUUACUAUCGAUAUAAAGGAUAUACCGUCUACUGGUUUAGAUCGCUGGUUCAAACUAGAAGGUCGCUCGAAUCGUUCAAAGGUUCAAGGUGAAAUUCAUUUAUCACUUAGUUUAAGUGCACAAUCUGAUGUAAGCGAAUUCGAAAGUGAUAAAGGUGUGGCGAUUCAAGAGCACAUUCAGUUGUUUUAUUUAUUCAUGCUUCACCAAAUCAAACAAGAAGAUAGUACAGGAAUUUCAUGGGAUGGUAAUUUGGUUGACGAAGGUGAAAUCAUACUUCAUCAACAUGCUGUUCAAAAUGGAUUGACAGAAAUUCAGAUGGCAAUGUGUCAGUGGAUUGCAUUAACUCGCCUAAAUUGCAUCAGAUCAUUGAAUCAAGUUAUACUUUUGCACACAUUCAAACGCUUAUUAUCACUGUGGUCAGAUAAAUCACUAACCAGAGAUGAGCUGAAUUAUUUGUCAGAUGCCUUUACGUUAUUUACAGAACAUUCCUUAGUUGUGAUAUGUCGCUCUCACUUAGUCUUCCAAAGUCUUCAGUCAGAAAAGUUGCUGGACCUCAGUCAUUUGCUGGAGUAA